AUGAGCAUCUAUCAUCUCGAAAGCUACAACUCGCUUCAAACACCAGGCGUUAGGUUUGACACAGUACCAGAUUAUGCUGAGCUUCUGGCUUUACUAAACUUGGUUAUACCCUCUAGCGAUGUGCUAUUGCCUCCAGUUGAAACACCAUUAACCGGCGACUCGCCUCCGAUAUCAACUCCUUUUUGUACAUCUCAAGACGUUUUCGAAUGCGCUUUCCAAGUUGAUUCGUCAAGGUAUUUGAGUGAACCCGUCAGCUCUGUGACACCAAAUUUGCCAUCUUCUGAACAGAUCUCAGACUGGAUUGAACCGAUGCCGUAUCGUUGUCUAGACCCCGCUUUUUCCUCCGAUACCCCUCUGGGUGAAUUACUGGCUUUUCUCGUAGCGGAAGAUACAAUUACCGUACCGGGAACGGAUCAAAACAAGUCUAAUGAGUGCCAAAUUGUUGGAUGCCACACGAAGAAGCAAAGCAACGGAAGUCCAUGGGUCGAUGCAAACGCCACGGAGGUGGUGCGCGCUGUACGAUUGAAGGAUGCACGACUAGUAGUCAAGGUGGAGGUCUGUGUCGUACUCACGGCGGAGGCAAGCUGUGCACUGCGCCAGGCUGCAAGAAAGGUACCCAACGCCAAGGUAAGUGUGCUACACAUGCGAGUCGGAAGUGUAGUAUUGACAAUUGCUCAAGAAACGCGCGUUUUGAAGGCAUUUGCAGCCGUCAUAUGA